AUGGAUAUGACCUGUCGGACAAUUUUUGAGGUUGAAGGCCACACUAUAUGCAGAUAUGAUAUGCUACAUCUUCUACGUGGUGGAAGAUUAAAGGAUGAGAUCAUUGAAGCUCUGGUUGCAAGUCUUCGAACAUGGCUCAAGCUGCCAAUAAAUGCCCAUGUCGAAAGAAAAUACGCUAUUGUCACGUCGUAUUUUAGUAUUUGGUUGCUAACUGCUUCAAAUUUGGAUGAGCGCAAUGUCUAUAAAAAUUACAUAAAGAAGCAUAUAGAUGAAGGGAAGGAUGUGUUGAUAAUUCCAAUAUGUCACGCUGACCAUUGGCAUGUCCUUGAGGUCAACUUGGGGCAAAAAAAAUGCAGACAUUAUAGCUCCGCUGACCAUGAGGCAUGGGCUAGAGACGUGUUGACCAUCCAGCUUUUUUUAGAUAGGAUGAUUGUUGCAUGGCUUGUUGUAUGGCUUAGUGACAUUGUUGGUGCAAAUAUUGAUGUGAUAUUUGCGGACUACAAAUAUGAUUGUGGCAUACAUGCGUAUUUUUUCAUUAAGGCGAUCCUCGAGGGAAGGGAGGUGAUGGACAUUGAAGUCUUGCACAGGGAGUCGCAUAUGCUACGGGCUGGACUUGCUGCUCAAAUUAUAUGUGAAGGGCGUGAAUGGAAAAAGCUACGGUUGAAAUUAGACAGUGAUGAUCCAGAAUAUCUAUUGUACUUCGGGGGUAGUGAUGCACCUAUGAUUGAGUGGAAGUAUUAG